AUGGCAACGGGCGCGGGGCCGGCGGCGCUUACGGCAGAAGCGGCCGGGCCGGGCCGGGGUGCGGCGGCCGCGGGCUCCGGGCCCCCCGCGCCCUCCGCCGCCCUCAUCGGCCUCCCGCCGCCCUUCGGCGAGCAAGAUGAGGAUGACGUGCACAAGUGCGGGCGCUGCCAGUCGGAGUUCAGCUCCCUGCAGGAGUUCGUGCAGCACAAGCUGCAGAAGGGCUGCCAGCGCCCUCCCGACGCGCUCGCCGGGCUCCUCGGCCAGGAAGGACAAAAGGUGGUUCCUGCUGUCGAGGAGUCCAUAACUGUUGCUCACAUUGUUGUUGAAGCAUCUUCCAUAGCAGAGGAGAUCAGCAACGCCUCGGCCAUCGUAGGCAGUGGGCACAUCAAAGAGGUCAUUGUAGCAGGAGACCAUGUGUUUGAGAACCCCAAUGGCCCCGUGGAUGGGGAGGUCAGUGAGGAGCAGGGCAGCCCCGAGGAGCAGGAGCAGGACAUUUCCACCGAGCUGAUCAAGGUGAAGCUGCAGGUGAACAAGGAGGGGCGAUACGUGUGUGAGCUGUGCCAGAAGACAUUUAAAACUGCCAGCAUCCUCAAAGCUCACAUGAUCACUCACAGCAGCAGGAAGGACUAUGAGUGUAAACUCUGUGGGACUUCCUUUAGGACAAAGGGGUCUCUGAUCCGACACCAUCGGCGGCACACGGAUGAAAGACCUUACAAAUGCAAGAAAUGUGGGAAAAGCUUCCGGGAAUCGGGAGCUUUGACUCGGCACCUUAAAUCUCUGACACCUUGCACUGAAAAAAUCCGCUUCAACAUGACCAAAGAAAUAGUUGUCAACAAAGAUGAUCUGCCUUCAGGAUCCUGCAGCUCCAACACAGACACAAUGUCCUCGAUAGCGAGCGAAUCCAUCGAGGCCUCCCCUGUCAUCCACCUCGUGACAGAUGCAAAAGGCAACGUGCUCCAUGAAGUCCAUGUCCAGAUGCAGGAACUUCCUGUGGUGGAUGCAAAACCCCUGGAGCCAGAUCAGCCACAUCCUGAGGAGCUGCCCUGCGAGGGGGAAGUGAACAGUGAGAACCUGCUGAGGCAGGCCAUGAGGAAUUCAGGAAUUGUCAUUGAGAGAGUGGCUGUGGAGGAGGUGCAGAAGCAGGAUGAACCUGUGGCAGCUGCUCCAGAAGAGCUGGAAAACAAAGGGGUGGAAGUAGAAGAGGAGCCAUGUGGGGAGCAGUGUGCUAAACUGGAAGGAGCAGAGUCUCAGACACCUGCAGAAAGAACCAACGGGUACAAACGUUAUAAUUGCUCUCACUGUAAUGAAGCCUUCAAUGAAGCUGCUGCCCUGGAAACUCACAGCAAGAGUCACACAGAAUACAAACCUUUCAAGUGUGAGGAGUGUGGCAAGGAGUUCACCAAGGGUUACCUGCUGAAGAAGCACCAGGAGGUGCACGUGAACGAGCGGCGGUUCCGCUGCGGGGAGUGCGGGAAGCUCUACAAGACCAUCGCCCACGUCAAGGGGCACCGGCGCGUGCACUCGGACGAGCGGCCCUACGCCUGCCCCAAGUGUGGCAAACGCUACAAGACCAAGAACGCCCAGCAGGUGCAUUUCCGUACCCACCUGGAGGACAAGCCCUACGUGUGCCAGUUCUGCAGCCGGGGGUUCCGGGAGAAGGGAUCCCUGGUGCGCCACAUCCGCCACCACACCGGCGAAAAACCCUUCAAGUGCUACAAGUGCGGGCGUGGCUUUGCCGAGCACGGCACCCUCAACAGGCACCUCAAAACCAAAGGUGGCUGCCUCCUUGCUAUGAAAGAGGUGGAAGAAGUGAUAGUGUCAGAGGAGAGUCAGUCUGCUGACAACUUGGCAGCCACAGUCCUUUCAGAAGAUCCGCACACGGUUCUGGUGGAGUUUUCCUCGGUGGUGGCAGACACCCAGGAAUACAUCAUCGAGACUUCUACUGAAGACAUGGAGACCAGCGAAGCUACUGAAAUAAUAGAAGGAACAAGACACGAGGUCGACAGCCACAUCAUGAAGGUGGUGCAGCAGAUCGUGAACCAGGCCAACUCGGGCCACCAGAUCAUCGUGCAGAACGUCACCGUGGCCGAGGGCGGCGCGGCCGCCGACGCCGCCGACACCAUCACCAUCGCCACUCCCGAGAGCCUCACCGAGCAGGUGGCCAUGACCCUGGCCUCGGCCAUCGGCGACGGCGCCGUGCUGGCCACCGACGGCAGCGGGCUGGCCGCGCAGGAGGCCACCGUCACCAUGGUGGCGUCCGAGGACAUCGAGAUCAUGGAGCACGCCGGGGAGUUCGUGAUCGCCGCCGCGCAGGAGGGAGACGUGGAGGUGCAGACCGUGAUCGUGUGAGGGAGGGGCUGCUGCAAACGGCCUUGGCUGCUCCAGCCUGGGGCUGGCCUGGGCUCUGGGGCUGCCCAGAGAGCAACGGGGAAUGUUCUGGAGGGAAGUGGCUUCAUGGGAUGGGGCAGGCCCAGAAUGGGGUAGUGUGGGCCUAAAACAGCAUAGGGCAGGCCCAAAAUGGGGCAGGCCCAAAACGGGACAGGCCAGGCCCAAAACGGGACAGUGCAGCCCCAAAACUGGACAGUGCAUGCCUAAAAUGGGACAAGGCCUAAAACAAGACAAGGCAUGCCCAAAAUGGCAGGCCUAGAAAGAGACAGGACAGGCCUAAAGAUAGUGCAGGCCUAAAAUGGGACAAGAUAGACCUAAAACAAGAAAGGGCAGGCCCGAGUCUUAAACUUAGUUCUCAGUCUGAAACCAAUACCAGGAGUUAAAGCCUUGGCCUGGUCCCACUGAGGAGACUGACAGGUCACAAGUGGCACUCAGUAUUCUGUACAGCAGCCUCGAAUUAAAGAAGAUCUUUGGGAAUCAGCCCCCUCUGCCCACUGGACAGCAGUGGUCUGGUUUUUUAAAGGAUCCAGAAAGUGUAGCAAAUAUGUAGGGUCUCACAAGGGAUUAUUUAAAUAUAUGCAUUUAAAACAAGUUGAGAAAACCAAACCUAAGGAGUUGUGGUGUGUGUUGAGCACCACUGAAACACUCUCAUGCCUUUAACCUCACUCCUUCAGGCCUCCCAAGGCAUGGUACUGCAGUAUUUCUCUUUUCUUUGAUAUCCUGGACAAGUAGCCUUAUGUACUGGUCUAUGAAAUGCAUCAUUGUACCCUGCAAUGCCAGCCAGGCUGCUCUGAGAGCCAGCCUGGGGGCUGGAAAGCCAUAUUGUAUAGGAAUUUGGUUUUUUUAAACCAUAUAUGGAUUUUUAAUUGCAUAUUGUACAGAUUCGGCAUGUAAAUAAAUACAUUUUUAAAAAUAAAA